UUAGGAUUAACGUUCGUUAAUUGCUUUUAAAUCGAUAAGAUCUAUUGUUGCUCUUACAACAUACGGAAUUUAAUUCAUUUUAUUUACUACGGGUUUAUUCAUUAUCUUAAGCGAUGCAUAUUUACGGUUUUUUGUUGUUCGCUCUUGUGUCCGUAUCAACUGGUCACUCUAUUGCGAGUGAUUUAAAAUUGGUGCAUGUGUUUUUCCGACAUGGUAGUCGUACACCUGAAGAAAAGGACAUAUAUCCGACAGAUCCUUACAAGUUGGAAGAUUUCCAACCAAUGGGAUGGGGACAAUUAACAAAUGUUGGAAAACAGAGAGCAUUUAAGUUGGGAAAAUUGCUUCGGAAACGAUACGAUUCAUUUUUGGGUAAAUUAUAUGUACCGGACAUAGUAAUGGCUCAAAGUACCGACUACGACAGAACUAAAAUGUCAGCCCUUUUGGCACUGGCCGGUUUAUUUAAGCCAGCUCCGUCCCAAAUUUGGGAUGAGGAAGUCACAUGGUUGCCAAUUCCCUACAGUUAUUUAAAAGACAGCUUCGACUAUCAACUUCGUAGACCUAACGCAUACUGCCCAACGUAUUUAAAGGAGCUGGAAGAAGCACGUGCAUCCGCAAAAGUUCAAACUUUGCUCAAAGAAAAUAAAAAAUUGUUAACUUACAUUGCAAGGAAUGCAGGAAAGCCUAUAAAUACUUUAGAUGACGUAUUCGGAAUUUAUCAGACAUUAUGUGCUGAGAAAAGUUUGAAUUUAACCAUACCGGAUUGGGCAGUUAAAGUUUACGAUGACAUCGAAACACUUUCGGGAAAGUUAUGCGAGCUGGAAAAUAGCAAUGACGUCCUGAAGAAACUCAACGGAGGUCGGAUGUUGGGUAAAGUUAUCGAACAAAUGAUUGCGAAAUCGGAAGAAAAAUUGGUACCGGAACAAACGAAAAUUUAUUUAUAUUCCGGACAUGAAAAUAAUGUCAUAAACAUUUUGGCUGCUCUGGAUCUGUUUAAACCACAUGUCCCCAAAUACAGUGCUGCAGUCAUCAUUGAAUUGCACUAUUUAGAGGACAGCAAAAGAUACGGAGUUAAGGUUUACUAUUCCAGAGAUGUGAAUGCAGAACCUGAAGAGCAGCAACUUCCUGGCUGUGAUGUGAUGUGUCCGUUGUCUGAUUUUAUUCAGAUCACAAAGCCACAUGUUCCUACUAAUUUUACUGAAGAAUGUCACUCAAAUAUAAAUCUAGAUAUUUAGAUUAAGUGAAGGUAUUUAAAAAUAUUUAUUUAGUAGUAUUAAUUAUAAUUAUCUGAAGUACUGUAUUUGUUUUAAAAAUAGUAUUUGAUUUAUUACUACUAUGUAGCACAUUGUUAUAAAAUUACUGCCAAUGUAUUAUUAAGUUAUUUUUGUUAAUAAUUUUUAUAUUUAUGAGAAUUGCAUGUUUUUAGUUCUUGAGCAUUUUUAAUUGAUGUUUGUAGAUAUUGAAAAAAACAAUUUAAUUAAAGUAUACUUGUUUUUGCACGAACAA